AAGCUUACACCUUUUCAUCUCCCCUUUAUCUAGUUGUGGCUUUGAGUUCGAAUUCACGCAAGGAACCAACCCAUCUCCAUCAGAUAUCUCUGUCUUUGUUUUCUGUGAUUCUAAAUCGUCGCUUGAGGUUUUGGUUUUCUCUUUAUGGGAAUUUCUAGGGUUUUCUUGAUUUCCCCUGUUUCUUUGGAAUCUACGAGUUGUUGCUUUUGGGGGUAAUCGUUUCCUCCCCACUAUAAUGCCGGAUUGAGUAGUUAGAAUCGAGCCCAUUUUCAAAUUUGGUGUUUUCCGUUCAAAGAUCGAGGCUUUGUGUCUUGUUCUCUCUGUUUGUUGACUGCAUUUUCGAAGAUGUGCAUUUCUAGAGAAGACGAAGAUCCAUCCAGAAAUCGAAGGAAUCAAUCGCCAUUAUCGCUUCCUCAAACUCUGAAACAUUUCCAGAAAGAUUUGCUUGCUGGUGCUGUAAUGGGAGGCGUUGUUCACACGAUCGUAGCUCCAAUCGAAAGAGCGAAGCUUUUGUUACAAACCCAAGAGAGCAACAUAGCAAUUGUUGGAGAUGGAGGUCACGCAGGGAAGAGAAGGUUUAAAGGAAUGUUCGAUUUUAUCUUCCGUACUGUUAGAGAAGAAGGUGUUUUAUCUUUAUGGAGAGGCAAUGGAAGCAGUGUGCUUCGUUAUUAUCCUUCAGUGGCUCUCAAUUUCUCUCUCAAGGAUCUGUAUAGAAGCAUUCUUAGAAACAGUAGCUCUCAAGAGAAUCAUAUCUUCUCCGGUGCAUUAGCUAAUUUCAUGGCUGGUUCUGCAGCUGGUUGUACGGCUUUGAUUGUUGUUUAUCCGCUUGAUAUUGCACACACUCGUUUAGCUGCUGACAUUGGGAAACCAGACGCUCGUCAAUUCCGAGGAAUCCAUCACUUCUUGUCGACGAUUCACAAGAAAGAUGGGCUCAGAGGUAUCUAUAGAGGCUUGCCUGCGUCUCUACAUGGUGUGAUUAUUCACCGUGGCUUAUACUUUGGGGGAUUCGAUACGGUUAAGGAGAUUUUCUCAGAGGAUACAAAACCAGAGUUGGCAUUGUGGAAGAGAUGGGUUUUGGCUCAAGCUGUGACUACAUCUGCUGGAUUGGCUUCUUACCCGUUGGAUACAGUUCGUAGACGGAUAAUGAUGCAAUCUGGGAUGGAGCAUCCGAUGUACCGUAGCACAUUGGAUUGUUGGAAGAAGAUAUAUAGGAGUGAGGGGUUGGCUUCUUUUUACCGUGGAGCACUCUCUAAUAUGUUUAGAAGCACGGGUUCAGCUGCUAUCUUGGUUUUUUAUGAUGAAGUGAAGAAGUUCCUGAAUUGGGGAGGGAUCUAAGCACUAAGAUUAACAAGCUGAGAGUUAGGACUUGGGAUGAUAGGCGUUUGUACAGAAGAAAAUCGAGCUGCAUGAUUUAAUAUUUCAUCUGCGAUGAUGACUUAGUGACACCAAAGUUAAAAAUACUCUGCCUAUCUUGGCAAUUUCGACUGAGUAUCCGAAACGAAUCACUUUACGGAGGUUGAAAGCACUCGAUCAGGUUAAAAGAGUGAAAUUGACAUAACAGUUCGUUGACUGAAACAGCCUAACUAGCUAGGUUAUUUCAGUCACCAUAACUUCAUUUUUCUGUAAAUUUUGAAAAUCAAAAUCUCAUACUCUUUUUUUUUUUGUCAAACAAUCUCAUA